GUGCAACCCUGCACCAUUCCGUAACCGCUCUAAGCAAAAAUACAAAUCUCCAUAACCAUGUCCAGCGGAUUCGCGCGAAGCAGCUACAAAUUGUUCGUGGGCAACCUUCCGUGGACGAUCGGCAGUAAGGAGCUGCGGACCUACUUCUCGAAAUACGGGCACGUGGCCAACGCGGAAGUGGUCUUCGACCGGCAACAGGGCCUUUCCAAGCACUACGGAUUCGUGGUGUUCAGCCAGCGGGAUGCAUUCAACAGCGCCAGCAACCAGAACACCCACUUCCUGGAGGGCAGAGUGCUCAACGUGCAGCGCGCCAAUGAAAGUCCCCAAGCAUAAUAGACGACAAUUGUAUUGAUUUACUGGUUAUACUGAACAAGGGGCAGGAGAGGUGGAACUUAGUUGUGUACUUAAAUGAAUACAGCACUUGCUUUAGGACUCGA